AUGGAACAAGAAAAAAAUGAGAGAAACAUCAACGACUGGCUUCCCAUCACUAAAUCCAGGAAUGCAAAUUGGUGGUAUUCUGCUUUUCACAACGUCACCGCUGUUGUUGGAGCAGGAGUUCUGGGUUUUCCCUACGCUAUGUCAGAACUAGGAUGGGGUCCAGGUGUGACAAUAUUGAUUCUUUCAUGGGUUUGUACUCUCUACACUGCAUGGCAAAUGAUUGAAAUGCAUGAGCCUGAACCGGGUAAGAGACUUGACAGGUAUCAUGAGUUGGGGCAGUAUGCGUUUGGAGAAAAGUUAGGACUUUGGAUUGUUGUGCCCCAGCAACUAAUGGUUCAAGUUGGGGUUAACAUAGUAUAUAUGAUAACGGGUGGGAAUUCUCUAAAGAAGAUAUAUGAUACUAUUUGUGUUGAUGGAUGCACUCCCGUUAGAAGAACUUAUUUCAUCAUGAUGUUUGCUGCUAUACAAUUCGUUCUCUCUCAUCUCCCUAGUUUAAACUCCAUCGCUGCUGUUUCUUUUACUGCAGCCGUCAUGUCCAUAAGUUACUCCACCAUGGCGUGGAUAACGUCAGCUCAUCGGGGGGUUCAACCAGGGGUGGAAUAUGGUAGCAGAUUUUCAACCGAUGCAGAGAAUGUAUUUGGGUUUUUCAGUGCCUUGGGGACAAUAGCUUUUGGGUAUGCUGGGCACAACGUAGUUUUGGAGAUCCAAGCAACCAUACCUUCGACACCUGAAAACCCCUCAAAAAAAGCCAUGUGGAAGGGCAUGGUGGUAGCUUAUAUCGUAGUGGCCCUUUGUUAUUUUCCUGUUGCUUGUUUUGGUUACUGGGCUUUCGGAAACGCUGUUGAUGACAGCAUCCUUCUCUCCCUUGAGAAACCACGCUGGGUCAUUAUAGCUGCUAACAUCUUUGUUUUUGUCCAUGUAACUGGCAGCUAUCAGAUUUUUGCCGUUCCGGUCUUUGAUACUUUGGAAUCAUUCCUGGUAAAAGAGAUGAAGUUCCGGCCAACUUGGUUCCUUCGAUUCAUAACUCGCAAUUCAUACGUUUUCCUUACAUUGUUCCUUGGAAUUACAUUUCCUUUUUUUGGUGGGCUUUUAGGAUUCUUUGGAGGAUUUGUGUUUGCUCCAACCUCAUACUUUCUCCCCUGCGUAAUGUGGCUCGUCAUCUACAAACCGAGGAGAUUUAGCUUGUCUUGGUGUGCAAAUUGGCUUUGCAUCAUAUGUGGAGUAUUAUUAAUGGUGUUAGCUCCGAUUGGCGCAUUGAGGCAGAUCAUACUUGAAGCUAAGGAUUUCAAAUUUUACUCGUGA